UCUUCACCUCACUGAAGCAAAGCAAUGAUCGUUGAGAAAAUUACGAGAAAUAUGAGAGUUUUGUUGUAAUAGAACUUCGACGAGUAAUAUUAUCUCACUACUUCUUCAGCCUGCUUCAUCCUUCUCUUCUUCAAGCUCCCAUUGCUCCAAAACUGAACCAACUGCUGUAAUGGCCCCUACUAUUUGUGUCCGUGCGGCCAAUACUUUUCAACGAACAUAUGUUAUUCGUUGUGUAAUGGCUCUCUCAGUGGGAUUUUUCGUUAUUGGAUUUGAUCAAUCAAUGAUGGACCUUAAUAAUUAUUACAUUAAACAUAAAUUCGAUAUUAUGAAAAUUAAGUUCCGUGUAUUAUUAUUAAUUACGAAUUUAUCUUCUAUUCCCGGCUCGAUACUCUCAUGCUUACUUGCAAAUUCAAGGGGCAGAAAAUAUCCAGUUUUUGUUGCUGGUAUAUUUUAUUUAGUAGGAGUAGCUAUUAUGUUAUUUACAAAUUUAUUAACAGUUAUGAUAAUAAGCCGGGUUGCUGUGGGCAUUUCGUUGGGCAUCAUAUAUACAAUUAUUCCGGUAUAUAUAGCCGAAUUAUCUGUCUCUCGUAUUCGCGGCUUCCUCUGCUGCUUCCCCGAGGUAUUUUUCAAUGUGGGCAGUUUAAUUUGCUACGUAUAUUUUGCAGCAUUGCAAAAUUAUUCCCAAGCUUUGAAAUGGAAGAUUUUUGUAGUAACCAAUGGUAUAUCAGCUGUAUUGUUGAUAGUGGUUUUGUUGAGGAUUCCUGAAUCACCGUGGUGGUUAAUAACACAAGGGCGGAUUAAAGAUACGAUUGAAGUACUAUUGAGAUGCGAAGGUAGUGCAACAAAUGCUAAUCUAAGGCUGAAUGAGAUGAGAACCAAUCUCGGAAUUUUACAAGAUGACAAUGGGGAGAAUCUUACUGAGACUCUAAGGUACUACAAUAUCAAAAAAAGAGUAGACUGGAAGAAAUUAUUUCAGGGAAAACCGGUGUUAAAGGUUUUUAUAUCGGUCAUUGGUUUAAACUUCUUCCAGCAAGCAUUUGCAAUGGACCUUAUGUUGUCUAAGUUUUUUCUUGAUAAUCAGAAUGACAAAGGAACAAACACUUCCAUCGGACAUUUUUAUGCUUUGAGUCUAUUGUCUGCUAAGACAAUUACCUUGUUGUUGCCGAUGAUCUUGUUGGAUAAGUGGGGUCGACGCCCUUUGUUGUUAAUCAGCAUGGGAGUCAUGAGUAUCGUCGCAGGAGUAUACGGAGCGUCAAGUUUGACAUUUUGGAAUAAUCCUGCUGAUGAGCUCCUACGUGCUAUAGUAUUGGUUCUGGCUGUGGCUUUUGUCUGCUCCUACUCUUCAGGGCUAGGACCCAUCACAUGGAUAUAUAGCUCGGAGGUAUCCUUGAGUGGAGUCCGAGUUGAAGGAAUGAGUUUCGGAAUAAUAACUAAUAUAUUCACAUAUGUUAUUAUUCAUUUCGGUAUACAUCAAACAAUAGCCACCAUUUUGCCCUAUGGUGGAGUAAUGUUGGUAUAUGCAGCCAUUCUUGCACUGGGAACUCUAUUUUGCUUCAAAAUGAUUAAGGAAACCCGCGGUGAAUUUCUUGAAGGGCAACUGUAUUCAUAAUAAAAAAACUAUAUACAUGCAACUGUAUUGUUGAGUAUAUCAAUUAGCACUUGUAUUGUAUAUAUGUGCUAUGAAUACAAUUGAGAUUGCUCCGCCA